AGCGAGAACAUGCCUGUCGGCGUCAGUGGCGAGUCGGUGCUGCUGCUGGUCGCACACCCUGCCUAGGGUCGUCCGCCCGCCGCCCGCUCCUCGCUUCGCUUGCUUCGUUCCUCUCGCGUCUCACGGACUAUUUUGCAGACGCAAUCCCUUCAGUGACACGCAGCACCUGCCGCCGGCGCUCCUCGCUCGGCCCUCGUCACCCAGGAAUAAAGGCGUCUCGCGAGUGUAAGCGGCUUUGCGGGGUGGAGGCAGUCGCUGCAUGAGUGCUCUCCUCAAGGCUCAUCCUUCUUAAGGUUGGAAGCUGCCGCGUUUCCCUUCAAAUCGGAGCAGCUCGAUACAGUGUUCUCCCUGUCGCAUCGGAAGAAGGGCGCGCGUCCAGUUGGUAUAGCAGCUCCACCCUGCCGUCCGCUGCGAUAUUGCACGAGAAGUCGGCGGGCGCUAACUGCCUCACCACAAACUUGGACCGCCGGCCGGCCAGCCGGCCGACUUUGGAGCGCGCGCGAGAGCAUUUUGGCCGCAGCCUCUGGAUCUGACUGUUCUUGAAUCGUCACAAGUGCAAGAUUCCGAUCACGCCAGCAGCAGGUACCCAGCGCUGCAGACGCCACAUCAGCGGCCAUAUUGAGGCGGCAUCUGCCGCUCCGCAACCAACCCCACGGCCCCCGUCGCGCCCCUAUGACCGACUCUUUUCUCUGAGGCAUGCGACCGAAAUGAUGUGGUGGGUGUGGUUGUUCUGCACCGUGUCCGCGGGCUCGACCAGCCUGAUCAACCCGAACGCCAACACCCGACCUGGCGGAGGCUUCGGACGCGGCAACUCGUUCGAGCAGGACCUGGCCGCCGUGUUCAACAGGGUGGCGCAUGGCAGCACCGCGGCCCCGGUCAACACGACGGCCGCCCCGGUGGUCACCACCCCCUCACCGCCCCCGACCCCGCAGGCCGCGAGCACCGCGAUUCCGUCCCUACAGUCCCUAGUGCCGGACCCGCCGGACUUCGUGAACAGACCCCGCUUCAAGCCGCCGCUGCCCCCCGAAUACAACAACCCUUUCGCCGACAAGGGCAUCCUGCGGGGCAGCCAGUCGGAAGGGCCGGCGACCGGCAGCGGUCGGCGCCAGAACCUGCCCCCGAAGCCCCAGAUCCCCCUGCCGGACAUCCAGCAACGCAUUCCGUACCGUCCACCGGACCUGCCGCCUCAGGUGGACCGGAAGAAACCUCUGAACACGCCCUCCAACCCCGACCCGACCGCCAACGACGUCACGAGAAUAAACGACACGGACCCGUCCGAGUCGCCGUCGGUGCCGGUGCUGCAGGUUCCCAUCAUCACGCGCAUCAUGUCCGAGCACCAGACGCCCCAGGAAGACCGUCCCGCGGACAACAAGAGCCAGCCGAAAGUGAGCAACAGCAGUUCGUCGCGCGUGUCGCUCGACGACGUCAACAAAGACUCGAUGAUCGACAUCAAGUCGCAGCCGACCACCUCGCGGCCGGCGAACAAGGACGAGUCCCCCAAGGUGGUGACGGAGCAGCCGCCGCGAGAGGCCCCCGAGAGCUGGCCGCAGCAGAUCGGCCUGCUGGCCUGGGACAUCGUGGUGUACACGCUGGCCAGUCUGUUCGCCCUGCUGGCGCUGUACACGUUCCUCGUGAGUCCGUUCCGCGCCACCGACAGCCUGAUCAGCCACGGCUCGUACUGCUUCCUGCACCUGUUCCUCUUCGUAAUCGGCGUCUCGAGGAGCGCCUUCCUCUUCUACGACGCGUACAACCUGCGCGGCACGUUCAUCCCCAUCCUGGAGUCGAUCGCGCUGGACAUGGCGUUCCCGUGCCUCUUCGCCGCGUUCGCCAUCCUCUUCUUCAGCAUCGCCCGCAUGACCAAGGUGCAGCUGUGCCACUCGACCUUCCAGAGCGCCACCUUCCUCUCGCUGAUCGUCGUGCUGAACAUGCUGCUGUUCGGCCUGCUCGAGUGGACCGCGCAGAUCCUCGACCUGAUCGAGUUCCUGGUGAGCGCGCUGCGCGCCCUGCCGCUGCUCAGCCUGCUGAUCGCGGCGCUGAGCUUCGUGAUCGCGUUCCGCUGCAUCUACCGCGCCGCCCGCCGGCUGCAGGGUGACGUGCUGCGCGCCAACUUCGCCAAGAUGGGCGCCAUGCCGCGUCGGCCGCAACUCAAGCUCGCCGCCAGACUGAUCCUCGCCGCCGCGCUGCUCAUCCUGGUGCUGUGCCCCGUGCACGCGUACGUGCUCUUCAGCGAGCGCGACCUGGUCUUCUGGUGCUGCCAGCUGGCGGCGCGCGUGCUCGAACUGUGCGUGGCCUGCCUGCUGGCCGCCGUGGCCUGGCUGCGGCGCUCCGAGGUGCCCAACAACCGCGGCCGGCUGUGCUGCUGCUGCUUCGGCAGCUCGGACAGCAAGUCGGUGGACGACCUGUUCCCGGCCAUCUGCAGCAAGAACAACGCCAUCCACAACUACAGCCUGCACACCGGCAAGGCGGUGUACGAGCACGCCAACACGCUCAAGCCCAUCUACCCGCGGCCGACGCCGACCUCGACGACGGCGGCCAGCGCCAGCCUGAAGCGGCCGCCCAAGAGCGGCACCAUGCCCAGUCAGCGGCAGCAGCACCGCUCGUCGCAGCACAUCGCCAAGCCCUCCGACCCGAUGCUGUUCCCCGACGAGCUGCACUAUCGGCCCAAAGAGCACGACGCGGCGCCCCAGAGCCGCACCAUGGCCAGGCACGAGGCGCUGACGGCGUUCAACCUCUCGGAGGACUGCUACCAGGUGAACAACCGGCGGUCGGACAGCCUCGGCGACGUGCGGGACGGCCGCGGCAGACGGCUGCCGCGAGGCAAGGCCCACCACCAGUCCGCCAGGCACUGCUACCAGAAGAGUCUGCUCGACCCGCCGGACUCGCCGUCCAACCUGAGCUCCUACUCGGGCGGCAGCAGCAGCGACCUCUCCGAGUCGGAUCUCACCUCGGGAGGCUACGAGAGAGUCAGGGUGGCCAACCACAACAGGAAAAACGUCAGGGCCGCACGAUACCAGACGGCGAGUUGAAAAUGCAGCCGAGCUGGACGAUUCCCAAUAAGUGACUGUUGAUAUGUGGCUGGCCAAUUUAUACUCUUUACAAAAAAAAUAAAUAAUAUAUAAUGCGAAUUAAUACGGAAAUCAGCGACGUUCAACCCGUGAGAUGAAAUUUAAAGGUCCAAGAGACACGUGUACGUUUUAAUAAGCCGCGACGACUGAUGCAUUUGUGCUUGCUGAGAUGUGUAGAAUAUCGAAUCAUUAAAUGCACUUAAAGGAAGAGGGGCGUCGGCGUAAUUUAUAACAAUUAAUGCGUGAAGUGAGUUGGCAAGGUUUUAAUAUCUCUUUUGUAUGUGCAUUGCAAUCUGUGAGAGCGAGAGUACAGUACGGUACACACAAAACUGAAAGAAUUGAUAUAUAAAUAUAUUUGUUUAUUUAUCGACGUGAGAGUCGCGCGUCGGGCGGAUGUGUUGCUAGCAAGAAGAAAUACUGUACUGAAACUGUUGAAAGUAUGCAAGAGUGAAUGAGUUGAUUUAAUGAGUAAUUAAACGAAAAACCAAAGACAGUUUUAGAGGAGGCAGUUUGGCUGAGUUAUUGUCUCAAAUUAAAAUACACAAGAUCUGAUCUAUUUCGGUAGAAGUAUGUAUAUUAUUACAUUGCGGUCAUUUCUCGCUGUUCCUUAUCAACAUGCUCGUUUACUUAAUGAAAAUAAAAAAGCUGUAUUUAAACAAAUGUCAUCUCACACACUGAACUUAACGAAUGUCACUGCGAAAAUACAUGUAACACCAUUCUGAUUUCACGUAAUUUUGCAAUUGCUUAAAUUUGAAGCUUCUUUAUUUAUAUAAGAAAAUCGUUUUUAAGUUCGAUUUUGGGUGAGCAAUGAUUAUUUGUUCAAUACACAUCGUGAAAUAUCAAUGAUAAACUUUUGUGAUACUUGAUUUUGGAGUCUCUAGAAAAUGUAAAGACAAAAAGCAGCAUCAAUAUGGUUCACGAGACCUUAAAUAAUGCGUUCUCUGUAAAAUAUAUAAUUGUAAAAAUCAUUAUCGAUGUCAAAAUGAUUGAAACGUUGUAUUGCAUUUUGAAAAGAUGAGAAAAUGUAUAUCACACACAAUGGAGAAAAUAAAUAAAUUAAUCAUAUGUAAUUUGUGGUUUAA